GUCCAUGCGUCAUUUCAAAGCCGAACCGAAACCCACUUUUCGGUUGCUAAAGAAAAACGCAUAGCGGUAACUUCGAGGCAGGAAAGGAACUUCUUGUGCUACCUGCUGAGACGGAGACUGGACCUUCUCCACUCUCCACCAACACCCAUGGCUACAAUGGCGAAACCAGGUGGUGGAGCCCUUAGUCUUAGUCCCUUCCACUCCCAUACCCACCUCAAAGACCUCCCUCUCUUUGACUUCUCUGCCCGCCCCAACUUCACACACUCCCACUUCUCUCAUCACCUAAAUGUCACUGUUAAGCACUCAAGGAAACCCUCAAUUCUUCCCAUUAUCAGAGCCCAGACCCAGACCCAGACCCAGACCUCUCCUGGUUAUGUCCCGGACUCCAAAUUUUACAAAGUGGAAGCUAUUUUGAGGCCCUGGCGAGUCCCGCAGGUUUCUUCGGCUCUAUUGAAAAUGGGAAUUCGAGGUGUUACGGUAUCUGAUGUUCGGGGCUUUGGUGCUCAAGGUGGUUCAACAGAAAGGCAGGGUGGCUCUGAAUUUUCUGAAGACAAGUUUGUUGCUAAAAUUAAAAUGGAGAUUGUGGUGAGCAAAGAUCAGGUUGAAGCAGUAAUAGACAAGAUAAUCAGGGAGGCAAGGACUGGAGAGAUUGGUGAUGGAAAAAUUUUCUUGGUUCCUGUCUCAGAUGUUAUAAGAGUUCGCACUGGGGAACGUGGGGAGCAGGCAGAGAGGAUGGCCGGAGGGCGAGCUGACACAUCCGUUCCUGCUUGACCUGUGAGAGUUUAAAUGAGCAGUGUCAGACUAGCGACUAAGCCUCUUUACUGCAACCUGCUUUAAACAUUCCCAAAUCCAAUUCUGUCCAUUCUCCUUAAGAGCUAAAAAUAUGCUCUUGUUUGUUAAGUGUUCUCUUGUGAAGAGUAGAAAUAAAAUAAAAGACUAGUAUCAUUGCUUCUCUC